UGAGGGAGAGUCGAGUACCGAUGGCGUGGAUGCCUGAGCUCGGCUUUGAAAAGGGGCAAGCCCCUCUCUCCUUGCCAGCGCCUCUCUUGUUUUCCUUGUCCCGGAGGACUCACCUCGCUUUCCAGGCACUCUCACCGUCUCCAGCGCAGGAGGCAAAGUCGGGGCUCGACUGAUCCGGCCUAGAGCGCGGGCAUUUUGAUGGGCUCUGGAAGCGGCGCAGGGAAGAAAGACCCCGCCUUCUUCGUCCGGGAUCCCGAUGGCGUCGGUGCUGGAAGACCCUAUUUUGAUUCGUCAUUUUAGAGGCCACAAAGAUGCAGUCACUUGUGUGGCUUUCAGUCCAACUACUAAAGGUCUUGCCACCUCUUCUCUGGAUAGGUUUCUCAUGAUAUGGAAUUUGAGGCCAAACUCCAAAGCCUUCAGAUUUGUGGGUCAUUUAGAAGGGGUAACCAGUGUACAGUUUUCACCAGAUGGACAUUUGUUGGCAUCUGCUUCUCAAGACCGAACCGCCAGACUGUGGAUUCCUUGUAUCCAUGGUGAAUCCACACCGUUAAAGGGCCAUACUGCCCCAGUCCGCAGUGUUAACUUUUCACAUGACAGUCAAUUUCUAGUUACUGCAUCUAAUGACAAGUCAGUGAAAGUGUGGAGCAUUUACAGCCAACAUCUUUUGUUUUCUUUAUCCCAGCACACACACUGGGUACGUUGUGCCAAAUACUCACCAGAUGGAAGAUUAAUAGUAUCUUGCAGUGAAGAUAAAACUAUUAAAAUCUGGGAUAUAAGAAACAAGAUAUGCAUUGAUAAUAUAAUAGACCAUGAUGGCUUUGCAAACUAUGUGGAUUUUAAUCCUGAUGGUACAUGUAUAAUUUCUGCUGGUUCUGAUCACACAGUGAAGUUCUGGGACAUUCGAAUAAACAAAUUAUUGCAGCGUUAUGAAGUUCACAGAGCUAGUGUUAACUACACAUCUUUCCAUCCUUCUGGCAACUAUCUCAUAACAGCAUCUAGUGAUGGAACUCUUAAGAUUAUGGAUCUUUUAGGAGGAAAACUCUUAUACACACUUCAUGGUCAUGAGGGUCCUGUCCUCUCUGUAGCCUUUUCAAAAGAUGGAGAGACAUUUGCUUCUGGUGGCACAGAUGCACAGGUGCUGCUCUGGAAGACAAAUUUUGAUGCAUCUGAAUAUAAGAAAGUUCUGAAAAAGCAUAUGCAAAGAAUACAUAGUGAUGACCCCCCUCACCUUCUGGAUAUUUACCCUCGCUCACCUCAUCGCCAUGAUGCAAAAUCACAGUCAGUUGAGAUAAAUCCCAGCUAUGAUGUAACAAAUAUGCAAAUAUUUGACCCUCCUGUUGUAAAUAUUACUUCAUCACCUUCUUUUUCUCCAUUAUCACAGUUGAGAACAAAUCCAUCUGUAGCCCAUUGGUCUGUGCACCAAAAUGGAGUGAACAAUGAAGACUUGCAGCAUCCUUCCAUGUUAUCCUCUCAAGCAAUGUCAAAAAGAAAUUUGAAAGGUGAAAGUAAGUCCAUGGUGCACACUGUGCCUGAACCAGGAACCAUGGAUGGGUCUGUGAGCAUUUCACCAGUAUUGACUAGUGCCUUGGAGCACAUUGUGGAGCAAUUAGAUGUUCUGACUAUUACUGUUUCAAUCUUGGAACAGCGCCUGACUUUGACUGAAGAUAAAUUAAAAGAGUGCUUAGAGAACCAAGGGAAACUGUUACUUUCUGUCAGACUGUGAGAAGAAAUAACAUAAAUGCUGGUGAAUACUUAUUAAUCUAUUCUCAGGGAAGUGAAGCAAAAAGUAGCAAUACUUAAUGACAUGAAUCCAACAAAUAAAAAGUGCCUAUUGCUUGUAAGAUUUUUUAACAUAUCAUUG